AUGGCCGAACCUACGACCUCCCCCUGGGGACUCUACGCCCUGAUGGUCUUCUGCAUCAUAAUGGCCAUCUCUGGCUUCGUCUGGGAUGUGAUGCGUGCAGCUGGUCUCUCAAGAUUGGUGCCGCCUCAAUACAUGCAGCCGUCGUUCAUGAACAGAGGAGGCUAUCAGCGCAAGCGGAGUGGUGACGAGGAGGAGGGCUGGGAAGAAGAGAUCGAUAUGGAUGUGUUGCAGGAUGAGGCGCAUGAUUCUUCAGUCGAGUACGAUUAUGACCUCUCGGACGAUGACCAGAGCGAUAACGAGACUGAGAACAAACUAUACCCAAGGCGACCACGGUGA